GGGACGUGACGGCACGGUCUAUCGAAAGUGUGUGUAUCAUGGAUGGUUGAUCGUGGAUGUUGUUGUAAUAUAAUAAGGGAAGCUACUUCAUUGGUAAUCUGUUAAUGAGACCCGGCGAUGAAACGACGAGAUGUGCGAUGUGUGCAAGGGGCAGUCUGUUUGGUGGGUCUUGUGUGUCUAUUCGGCUGGGAUCGACUCGGACUGCUGAAGUUUGACAGGUCAACGGAUGACCGGGGAGAUUCAGCACAGGUCGUGGACACGUGGGCCAGUCGAGUGGAGUCGCGUCACCUGACAGGCCUUGAGAACUGUACCCCGCGGGCCGUGGAACAGUUCCCGAAGGGGCUGUUUAGCCAGGAGGAUCGUGUGCGGGGUGGGAUCACCAUUCACAUCCUCGUGUCUCUCUACAUGUUCCUGGGAUUUGCCUAUCUUUGCGAUGACUACUUUGUGCCUUCUCUUGAAAUCAUCUGUGAUACUUUACAGAUCCAGUCUGAUGUUGCCGGGGCAACCUUCAUGGCGGCAGGCAGCUCGGCCCCUGAGCUGGCUACGGCAAUCAUUGCUGUUUUCAUUGCCAAGGAUGACAUUGGACUGGGAACAGUUGUAGGAUCUGCUGUGUAUAAUGUGAUGUUUGUCAUCAGUGUGUGUGCACUACUGGCUGGUAUGGUAGUAUACCUAAACUGGUGGCCAUUGAUCCGAGAUUGUGUUUUCUAUUCCCUAAGUGUUGCUGCCCUAUCACUUGUGAUAUUGGAUGGAAACAUCUACUGGUAUGAGGCUUUAGGUCUGGUGCUUUUCUACCUGGUGUAUAUAGUGAUAAUGUACUACAACAGUAAGCUAGAGGCGUGGAUCGUACCAAAGGUGAAAUGGUGUGGCCAGGCUGCUACGCGGAAGAAGGAACCAGAAUCCAUCGUCCUGUACGACAAGUUGCGGGACGCCAAUAGUAACGGUGCUGUAGUGCUUAAUGCAAAUAGCGUGUCGGAGUCUUUAUCAGAUGAGCUGACAGCACUAACAGACUCUGAUUCAGAUGAUCCCGGGGAAGGCCAUACAAUGAAAAUGGCAAGUUACGAUGACGAACCCGAGUCUGUUUUUGCUUGGCCCGAUGCCUGGUGGAAAAGAGCUCUAUAUAUUAUAGCUAUACCACUGAAGAUAGUGCUAUUUAUAUCUGUACCCGACUGUCGUAAACCUCGAUGGCGGCGCUGGUUCGUCGUCACUUUCAUCAUGUGCCUCGUCUGGUUAACGAUAUUUUCGUAUAUUAUGGUCUGGAUGAUUACCGUUAUAGGGUAUACUGCAGACAUCCCUGAUACUGUAAUGGGACUUACAUUUAUCGCCUUCGGGGUCAGCAUGCCUGAUGUAAUAGCGAGUCUAAUAGUAGUACGAGAAGGUCAUGGGGAUAUGGCAGUCUCUAACGCAGUGGGAAGUAAUGUUUUUGAUAUCCUUAUAUGUAUGGGGGUACCAUGGUUACUCCAGAUCAUUAUCAAGAAGGGAGAACCUAUUGAGGUGUACAGUGAAGGUCUCCUGUACUCGUCGUUUACUCUACUAGCCACAGUGUUCCUGCUUCUAUUGAUCACCCAUCUAAACAAAUGGCGUCUAACCAAGAGCUACGGGGUAGUACUUAUGAUCAUCUAUGUAUUCUUCACCAUUCUCACCUCACUUUACGAACUUAAUAUCUUUGGCUACGUCCAUCCGAAGGAGUGCCCCAGUAACUACUGAUGACUGUAACACAGUGGUAGGAAUUGGUGACAUCUCCACAGGGCUUGAUCGUUCAAGUGUGACAUAGAGCAUACAAUUAUACUGCUGAAUGUUCAAGGAGUGGGCCAUGACAUCACAAAAUCCCCGAAAUGUUGAUGUCAAUACUUAUGACAUUUUAUACUGCUGAAUGUUCAAGUACAGAAUGAUAACAUGCUGCUGAUGUGUAAAUAUGGCUGAUGACAUCACAAAAUAUGGAGAUUCUACUGUAAAUAUGGCCGAUGACAUCACAAAAUAUGGAGAUUCAAUUGGCCAAAUGUCUAAGAAGGUAUUGAUGGUGUCACAUAAUGUCUGAAUUCCUACUGGGAGGGACAUUUUAGUAGGUAUUGCUGAUGUCACAGAAUGUCAGAUUCCGUACUGGGAGGGGCGUUUAGGUAUAGAUAUUUGCUAUACUUCAGGAAGAUUUUAAGUAUUGAAGACAUAGAUUACUAGAUAUAUCUAUGGGUAGACACUGACGAGUCUUGAGAUUCCAAACCAAAGUGAAAUUUAAUAUUAGGCUACUGAAAGGGGUCUUUUAAACAUUAUUAUGAUAUAUAAAUUAUGAUGUAAUGUUUUAAGAAUUGUUUAGUUUUUGCUUUGUUUCAAGAUUUACGUAUUUUCCCAAGAAUUAAACUGGAGGAAUGAAAAUCCAUUAAGAUGUAGGUGUACAGUAAGUACUUAGUCAGUUUAAAUGUAUGUAUGGGUUUAUUUGUUCUUUUAAUGACCAUUCCUUAAUUAUAGAGGUUAUAAACACCAAGAUAUUUAUUCAUUUGACAGGUUUUAACAUUUUACCAUUGUUCCCAUGACAACCCUAACAUUCCUAAACCAUCAGAUUUUUUUUUUCAAUUGUUUAAAAAGAAAUAUGUUUGUAAUGUUUAAGUCCUGUGAUAAGUAUCAGUAUGUGUUUAGCAUAUUCAUCAAAUGUUAUUAUUGUAAUUUGUUUAGAUCUGAUUUAUGUUUUGUAUAAUUUUAUUAGGAGCAUAGAAUUUUAGUUUUAUUUAACAUUAUUUCACAAAUGAUUGGGCAUUAAAAUCUUAACUUUUAAGACUUAAUUGUAUAAGUCACAUCUCUCAUCACAUUUUACAGUGAUUAAAGUUAAUAUCAGUAAACAAAAUACAAAACCCCAAAAUUACAGGAAAUUAACCAGUUCACUGCCGAGUACUAUGUUCUACUUGCUGAUGCUGCCUAUAGAUAUUAUGAAUGGUGAAAAACAAUGACAGGGGAGCUAACUCUAAAACAUGAAUGUUUGCAUUGUUCUGGUUUUAUACACUGGUAAGGGAGAGUACUCUCAGUUAUAAAAAAAAAAAAAAAUCUCAAAAUUAAAUUACGGCUCUUGGUUAGUUUACAAAUCUAGGUAUAAUUACCUUUCACCCUAAACUCUCAUAUCAACUGUUAAUGUUAGCUUUAGUUAUCAAAAUAACUGUAUAAAUUGAAGCACAUUUUUUUUUUUUUUGUACAGUACAGACACAUUUUAUGUGAUAAUUGUAAUUGUACAUUUCUAGUCAUGAUGAUUUAUUAAUAUGUUAAUUGUUUAUGUAUCAUCUGUAUUGUUAGUUUCAAAGAUUGUUUUCUUCAAAUGUUUAAUUCAUCUAUCUAUGUUUUUAUCGUCCAUUUUUAAAGAAGUUUAUUUGGAUACCUGUACAAUACAUAUGCUUUAGUUUUCAAUUUGAGUUUUAAAAAAAAGAACCUUUUGAAAUAUUUGUUUUUCCUGGUAAAAUAUCUGCCAAAUCACCAAUUUUGGUCCAUGCUAGUAAUUCUUUAUUUUAAUUUUUUAUCCAACCAAUAUUAUUGAAUCUCAAGAAUUUCGUUUAAAUUGUCACUUUGUUUUUGCUGCUCCACAAUUAAUUAUAUAAGUGCUAUGACUUCAGUGCUGAACUUGCUAUCUCUUCCUAUUUUUGUUUUCCUUUGUUGUUAUUGCUGCAAAUAUAACAGUGAAUUCCUUUUUUUGUCUCUAUGUUAAAUGUCAAAUUAUCUUUUGUUAUUUUGUUCAUAAUUAGUAUCUAUGAAAUUUCAUUUCUAUUUUUCAACAUAUCAGAAUCAUGCAAAAAAAAAAUACAAAAAUACAAAAACAAUCAAUUUCUUUAGAUAUUGCUUGGGAGAUAAUAUUGAUGUCUGGGUGUGAAAAUAAAAAAAUUCUGUUGAGGGUGAUUUUCUACACAUUGCUGGUAUCAUUAUGUGAAGAUUGGAUUGGAUUUAAGUAUGUGGAGGCAGAGACCUGUGUUAACCAUUUUUGUUAGGUCUCUGCAUGUUGAAGCAUUACUUCAUCCUAUACCUGAUUGUUACUAAAUAUACUUUAUUUUUACAAAAAAAAAAACAACAACUCAUAUCAACAGGACUUUACUGUAAGAUUGUCGUGGACAAAUUUCUUUACAUAUCCUGCUUGUCUCCCUUUAUCUUAGGCAUGCAACACACAACAGCUAGAGAUCUAGAGACCCUCUCCUAUAAUCUUAACCGUCCCCCACCCACCCAGAGACCUAUAUACUGGUUUAUAUUGGUCUCUGAUCAACCUAGUUACAUCAACAUGUACAAAGAUAUUUUAUAAUAUUAUUAGAUCUCUAUUUUAGUUCUAUCAUUGAUUGUUGGUAUCCACACUGUUUCCUAAACCUUUCCCCUCCCUACCAACCCUCCGAGACCUAUGAUAUAAUAUAGAUCUCCGAGUACUCUGACCAACUUAAUCUGAUACAAAAGUAUUAAUUAAUAAUUUGCAGAAUUGUUAUUAUCAUUCAGUCUCUUAAGUUUUAAUUUUUAUUGUAAGUUCACAUUGUUUACUAUUGUUCGAUACUGAAUUGUAUCAAAUAUCCUAUAUCUGUAGGAUCUAAUUUAUAAACAAACAACCUGUUGUUAUGUUAUUGGAAUGUGUUUGAUGUUAUAUGUUCACAGAUUUAACCUGCAUUGCUAGGUAUGAAUACAAAUUAUUUGUUUUUAUAUUUAAUUAAAGUUACCGUACAGUUAUCAAGUUAUUGUGCCAUACUUAAAUGAGACUACACGUUUCCCCAAGUAAGUUUUAGGUAUAUAAUGUAGUACAUUAUGUAUAUGUAAUUAUGUGUGCCCUGAAUCAAAGGUAAGCUCCCCUGACUAGGUGCUGAGUAUUUUUUUCUAGUCUGGACCCAGUUUUAUCAACGUUCCAUAACUUAAAAUAUUCCAUAGAAAAACAUACUGGUAAUUAGAUAUAAGCUAUAUAAAAAUUUAUAUAAAAAUUUGCCAAGGAACUUUUCUUUAAUUCUGUAAUGAUUUCCUUUGGGGGGGGGGGGGGGGGGGAAGUAAACAGUGAUGAAACAACUGGGACAUUCAAUAUUACCGUAUUUGACCAAACAAGUCCAAAGUAUGCUAACUAAAUCUGAGGAAAUGUGUGUUAAUAAAAUAAUUUUCAAGGAAAUAUCAAAACAGUAUUGAUUAAAAAAAAAAACUUUCAGAAAUUGAGUAUCUAUGAUAUUGUUUCUUUUGAGAAAACCUCAUUGAUGUCAGACUUCAGUUUUCAUGAAGUUUGAUUUGACCAGCACACACAUCCCCUUUCUUCUUCAAAUGGUUAGGGGUGCUUACAGAAACAGGUGCACUUUUUAAUUUAAAUACAGAAAUAAUGCUCCAAUGUUGUGAAUCCUGCUCUCUCUUGCCCCAAUCUUAUACAGGACCUGAUGUACUCCAUUCAAGAACAAUCUGACAAAUCAGGCAAGUUAAAUAACUUUAUGUUCGGUAGCUAAGUGCUAUCAUUAUGCCAAAAAGUGGUUUUGGAAGUUGUGUGAAUCUCGGGAGCCUGUUGAUCUGGCAGGUAUGUUUGGGGUUAUGAUAAUUGAUAUUAUUUAUGUAUGUGUUGUUUUUACAUUAAAAGAGAAAUAUUUUUAUUAAUAAGUGUAUGUUCAGCCAUUAUUUCUGAAAACUUCGAGGCUUCUAAUGACUGUUUUGUAAUUAAUGCUGAGACUUGGGAGGUUGUUUAUUUGUAUUUACUAAUUAAUGUUGUGAUGUAGGCGGUUUUACUAAUAAAUAUUGAUGGGGAUUAUUUAUAACAGUUUUGUGAUUGAUGCUGAAACAUGAGAGGCUGAUUAUAAAAGUUUUUUAAUUAACUGGGAGACCUCCAAGUCUGUUUAUUGUUAUGCUGAUGAUAUUAGGUUAGUGAGUAUCCAUUGUGUCAGAAAGCUUUUCUAAGUGAUGGUUUUUACAUACUUAUUAAUGGUAUUGAAGUGGAAUGUCAGAAGUUUAAGUCUUAAUGUGGAUUGACGUGUAGAUAUUGGUGUGGAAUGUCAGAAGUGUAAAUCUCAAUGUGGAUUUACAUUAAGAUAUUGGUGUGGAAUGUCAGAAGUGUAAAUCUCAAUGUGGAUUUACAUUAAGAUAUUGGUGUGGAAUGUCAGAAGUGUAAAUUUCAAUGUGGAUUUACAUUAAGAUGUUGGUGUGGAAUGUCAGAAGUGUAAAUCUCAAUGUGGAUUUACAUUAAGAUAUUGGUGUGGAAUGUCAGAAGUGUAAAUCUCAAUGUGGAUUUACAUUAAGAUGUUGGUGUGGAAUGUCAGAAGUGUAAAUUUCAAUGUGGAUUAUGUAGAUGUUGGUGUGGAAUGUCAGAAGUGUAAAUCUCAAUGUGGAUUUACAUUAAGAUGUUGGUGUGGAAUGUCAGAAGUGUAAAUCUCAAUGUGGAUUUACAUUAAGAUGUUGGUGUGGAAUGUCAGAAGUGUAAAUCUCAAUGUGGAUUAUGUAGAUGUUGGUGUGGAAUGUCAGAAGUGUAAAUUUCAAUGUGGAUUAUGUAGACGUUGGUGUGGACAGAAGUGUAAGUCACCGUGCUGUGGAAUGCUAACUUCUUUUAACCUUUCAAUUACAAAAACAUUAAUGUUGUUUAAUAUGAGAGUAAAAGUAAACAAUAUCAAAGGUUUCGUUUUUGCAUUGACAUUUUAUAUUGUCAAAGUUUUGGUCUCUAAUUAAAUCAUUGUUUCAUAGAGUCAGAGUAGAAAUUUAAGGCUUUAUUUCAAUGUGCACUUUCUUCAAACUAAGCUAAUCAGGGGCAGUAACUCUGUUGGCAUUCUACUGAAAAUGUAAAAAAAAAAAAUAAAAAAAAAAAAUUAAUGUAAUGUUCAGAUAGGCAGAAUUAUUUCCAGGAGAUUUAAAUGUCUCCUGAAGUCAAAAAUCACUCUAAUUCUAUCAUUUUAUGAGUAAAAUUUCAAUCCAAAGGUGAUUUGGAACAAUUGGAUUGUCACUUGUCUCUUUUAACUAUCAAUUUCAGUUAAGAUGAUGAUGUACAAUCUUGUAACUGGUGUACAUAGUCUAUAAAAACCACAUUUGAAAGCAACAAGUCUAAUGAGUAAGUGGUUUGUAUUUGAAAGGAAUAAAACCCAAUAUUGAAUCAACGAUGCCCUGAAUGAUUGCUUUACAUUGUACCAAAAAGAAAUAACCUUUUCCUAGUUGUCCAGUGUAUGUUUUGAUUUGAGCCCGAGUAAAACAUGUGGUUUCUAAUCUUUCAGUGCAAUAUUUGAUAAGUAGAACUUCACCUGAAGGAAGAAAACAAUCUAGUCAAAUUGUUAUCAAUCUUAAAAGGUAGUACCUGGUACUUUGUCAUAAAAUUCUACUUAAAAACAUUUUGAUACAGUAGGCCUAUAGUAUGUAAUCGUUUUUAGUUGUGUGUUACCAUGGGAACUAAGAGUGCUGUGCUGUGUUGAAUUCUGAGAAGAAGAGAACACAAUUUUCAAGUCCAAAAUUUACCGAUGAAAUAACAGUCUAGUCAAAUGAUGAAUCCUGUGAUGUAUUGCUCAAGGAAUUUAAGGCAACAUAGUUUGAAGUGUGACGGAUUAGUAUAAUAUUUGGGUACAUUGAUGAUUCUGCAAAAAUGAAGAGGGGGGCUAAUUUAUGGGAAUGGGCUUAUUUACGGUAAAUUUGUAAAUUCCUUUGUUUAAGUCAAAAAAGAUUCCAAUGGAAAGUAAAACAAAAUGAUUAUGAUUGAAUUUCACAGAUUAAAAACUUUUAAGUGUGUCAGAUUUCAAUUUUUUUUUUUAUAUUUUUACAUUGAAUUUUAAAUUAAAUAUAAUUUGGAAGAAAAGGCAUAAAGCUGUUCUAUGAUAUUUAAAGAAUAAAGUUCAAGUAAUUUGAUAUACCUGGUAUUUUGUUUUCAAGUUUGAUUUGUACAUCAUGUAGAGUACAUUUUUUUGUUGUUGUCAAUAUCCUAUGUGAUAUAAAGAAUGCUUUAUACUGAAAAUAUCAAUAUAUGUAUUUGAUGAUAUUUAAAAUUUUAAUGUAUAUUGGAAGAUAUUUGAAGUUUAUUUUUGAAAACUUCGCUAAAGGUGGACAUUUGAAGUUUAUAUGGACAGAUGUCUUUAAUAUAUUUUUCUAUAUUAGUCAGAAUAUAUGAUUUGUGUGUAAAUGUCUAUUAGACUAUUUUAAUCAAUAUAUUUCGCUUUAAAUUGUAAAAUCACACUGUUGAUUUGACGUGAAAUAGAAUAAUUUCAGGUAUGACGGUAAUAUAUCAUUAGUAUUUCGACGUUUAUUAUAAUAAAAAGGAAAUAUCGCCUUAUUUUAUGGAUGUAUUAUAUAUACAAACUUCAUUUAUCAAAUAUCAUAAAUUUUUUACAAAUCUAUCAGCAGAUGUCUAGUUACACCAUUGUUUUUUCGAUAAAUCUUACAAUACAUCUGUUCUAAAAAAAUGAUUUCACCACAACAAAAGCUCAUAUCUAUGAUACCUUGCUGUUUAUUGAGGUUGUAAUUGAGGUAAAUGCUUUAUCUAUGUUUAUUUCUGGUAUCAUUGAUCAUACAGGUUAGUUCUAGAAAUGAAAACAAAAACUGAGAAUGUGAGUUAAAAUGUUAUGAAAACCAUAUCAGUAGCUGGAGUUUUGAAUAUUAAUAUGAGAAUUAUCAAAUGUCUUUCAAUUCACAUUUAUCAGAAUGUGUAUAGAAUUACAGAUGGAAGUAAAGUAUUGGUGAACAUUCAAA